UAGUGCUCGGAACAGUCGUUUCGGGGUCUCUGAACUCGGUACUCACAAAGUACCAAGACAUGCAGUGUGUGGGGAACUGCGACGGUGUAGGGGAAGUGAUAUAUUUCGACCAGCCCGUGUUGCAGACGUUGCAGAUGUUUUCUGGGGAAAUGUUGUGCUGGAUACCUCUGCUGCUGAUGAAGUGCUUUCUGGCAAAGCCGGCAAGCGGGCAACAUGAACGCAGCAGGCUCAUUGAGGAGGGUGCCACGGUGGGCGACAGAGCGGCGGCGUUGCGGAGACGGCCAACGUUGCGGGAGUCGCUGGUGAUGGCGGUUCCGUCGAUGUGUGACUUGCUGGGGACGACGUUGAUGAACGUCGGGUUGGUGUACACGCCCGUGUCCGUGUACCAGAUGACGCGUGGCUCGAUCAUCUUGAUUGUCGGGCUCAUGUCGGUGAUGUUUCUCCAGAAACGGAUCACAAAGCUCGAGUGGGUGAGUCUCUUUGUCGUGUUCCUCGGCGUGUUUCUUGUCGGUCUCAGCGGGUACCUCUCCGGUGGCGACGCAGACGGCGUCGGCGCCGGCGCCACGAAGGCAGGCGUGUCGUUUGACAUCGUCAUCGGCAUGACGCUCGUGUUCCUCGGGAUCACGCUCACGGCUGUCCAGUUUGUCGUCGAGGAGCACAUCUUGACGUACCUCAAGGUGGAGCCCGUGGAGGUUGUCGGAUACGAGGGUCUCUACGGCGUGGCUCUCACCACCACCGCAAUGACCGUCGGCUGGCUCGCCUACGGACAGGGCUACUUCGACCUCGCCGCUGCGUUUCGCCAGAUGUUCGGCAACCCCGUCAUCCUUCUCACCACCGUGCUCAUCAUGGUCUCCAUCUGCCUGUUCAACUUCUGCGGCAUCUCCCUCACCUACCUCCUCAACUCCACGUCGAGGUCCACCAUUGACACCUCCCGGACGCUGCUGGUCUGGCUCAUCUCCAUGGCUCUCGGCUGGGAGUCCUUCCACUGGCUGCAGAUGCUGGCCUUCGGUCUCCUUGUUGGCGGCACGCUGGCCUUCAACGGCGUCAUCCAGCCCGAGAACUGGAGCGUGGUGCCUGCCUGGCUAAAGGACCUUGAGGAGAACGUCCACACCUAGUCAUGUAUCCUGUAUUCUUGUAUAUUCUUCCUCAAACAACCUUUUUCAGCCAAACGUACAGAGCC